AUGUUUUCUGGAUUGGAAGAGGCAGUAUAUAGAAAUAUUAAUGCCUGUAAACAAUUUGCACAGAGUGUGCGUUCUGCAUAUGGCCCUAAUGGCAUGAACAAAAUGAUCAUCAAUCAUAUUGAUAAGCAAUUUGUUACCAGUGAUGCUGGCACCAUCAUAAGAGAGUUAGAUGUGGAACAUCCAGCAGCCAAACUAAUGGUACUAGCUAGUCAAAUGCAAGAUGCUGAAGUUGGUGAUGGUACCAACUUUGUGAUUGUCUUGUCAGGAGCAUUAUUAGAAGCUGCAGAGGAACUACUCCGCUUGGGAGUAACUACCAGUGAAAUUGCUGAUGGAUAUGAGAGAGCACUUGACAAAUGUCUGGAAAUCCUUCCUUCUCUCAUUUGUAAUGAGAUAAAAGACACAAAAAACAUUAAAGAAGUUACAAAGGGUAUUGUUGCUGCUAUCAUGUCUAAACAAUAUGGUCAUGAACAAUUCAUUUCUGAGCUUGUCACGAAAGCCUGUGUUGCAAUACUACCAGAAAAAACUACAUUUAAUGUUGAUAAUGUUAGAGUAUGCAAAAUUCUAGGUGCUGGACUGUUGCAAUCUGAGGUACUUUCUGGAAUGGUAUUUAGACGGGAAGUAGAAGGAGAUGUCUCUUCAGCUAAGAAUGCUAAAAUAGCAGUAUACUCAUGUCCUAUUGACAUAAUCCAGACUGAAACUAAGGGCACGGUCCUCAUUAAGAGUGCUGAUGAAUUACUGAACUUCAGUAAAGGAGAAGAAUCUUUACUUGAAAAGCAGAUUAAAGAUAUUUCCGACUCUGGGGUGAAAGUUAUAGUGGCUGGUGCUAAAUUUGGAGAUAUGGCCUUACACUUCUUGAAUAAAUACAAUAUUAUGGCUGUCCGUCUUAAUUCCAAAUUCGACAUUCGUCGGUUGGCUAAGACUGUAAAUGCUACGGUUUUACCAAGAUUAACGACCCCAACUACCCAGGAACUUGGAUACUGUGAUGCUGUACAUGUUGAUGAAGUCGGGGACACUCGUGUUGUUGUGUUCAAGAUGGAAAGCUCAGAAUCUCGGAUUUCCACUAUUGUCAUUAGAGGUUCUACUGACAACUACAUGGACGAUAUAGAGAGGGCUAUUGAUGAUGGUGUUAAUACAUUCAAGGGAAUUGCUAGAGAUGGGAGAUUUGUACCAGGCGCCGGAGCAACAGAAAUUGAAUUAGCACAACAGUUAUUGGAGUUUGCUGACACUCUGCCCGGUUUAGAACAGUAUGCUGUAAGGAAGUUUGCAGUGGCUCUUGAGAGCAUACCUCGUGCUUUGGCAGAUAACUCAGGUGCCAAUGCCACUGAAGUUGUAAACAAAAUUUACAAGGCACACAAGGAGGGACAAAAAAAUGCUGGUUUUGAUAUUGAUUCAGAAAACAAUGGUGUUUGUGAUGCUAAAGAAAAAGGCAUAAUUGACUCAUAUCUUUUGAAAUUCUGGGGAAUAAAGUAUGCUGUUGGAGCAGCAACAACCAUUCUUAAGGUUGAUCAAAUCAUUAUGGCAAAGAGAGCAGGCGGACCAAAACCAAGAGCGCCAGCUGGAAGUGAUGAUGAGUCUUAAAUAUUUGUUUGCAUCAUUUGAUAUAACAUAGAUUUAAUCUAAUACGUAUUAUUCGAUUUAAAAUUAAAUUUAUUUUUAAGAAAUUCGAAAUGGUAACAUUUUUAGUGGGUUACCCAUAACAAAUUUUAGUUUCAGUUUCUAAUACCAUGCGAAGAUAAAUCUUUGAAUAAUAAAUCCGAUAAAACUAA